AAUGUAAUUGCAAGAGUGGGAGGGAAGAAAGAAGGGAGCAGGAUGACCCGACCUCUGCGGCAGCCAGCCGGGCCUGGACAAUUCCUCCUGCUGUGGCUGCUGCUGCCCCCGGGGCUUGUGCCCAGCGUCGAGGCUAGGCGGUCCUGGCCCUCUCUGCCCUGCCCCGCCACCUGCGAGCCGACGCGCUGCCCUCCGCUGCCCACCUGCCCGGCGGGGGCGACGCCGGUGCCCGACCGCUGCCGCUGCUGCCGCGUCUGCCCCGCGGCCGAGGGCGAGGCCUGCGGCGGGGCGCUCGGUCGGCCCUGCGCCCCGGGGCUGCAGUGCCGCCAGCCGCUCCGCCCACGGCGCCCGGGCGCCGCGUGGCUGGGCACCUGCGGCUGCCUGGCGACGGGCGCGCCUGUGUGCGGCAGCGACGGGCGCACCUACCCCAGCCUGUGCGCGCUCCGCGCCGAGAACCGCGCCGCGCGCCUCCGUGGCGCGCUCCCGGCCGUGCCGGUGCAGAAGGGGGACUGCAGGGACCCAGGGACCAGAAGCGCAGGCUGGCUCAGGAGCAAAUACAACUUCAUCGCUGCGGUGGUGGAGAAGGUGGCGCCGUCUGUGGUUCACCUGCAGCUGUUUCGCAGGUCACCUCUCAGCAACAAGGAUAUUCCUGCAUCCAGUGGCUCUGGGUUCAUAGUGUCUGAGGAUGGGCUCAUUGUUACCAACGCCCAUGUCCUCACCAACCAGCAGCGGAUCCAGGUGGAGCUCCAGAGUGGGGUCCAAUAUGAAGCCACCAUCAAGGACAUUGACCAUAAAUUGGAUCUUGCACUGAUUAAGAUUGAGCCAAAUACUGACCUUCCUGUAUUGCUGCUGGGAAAGUCAUCUGACCUGAGGGCUGGAGAGUUCGUGGUGGCCUUGGGCAGCCCGUUUUCUCUGCAGAACACAGUGACUGCAGGAAUUGUCAGCACCACACAGCGAGGAGGCAAAGAGCUGGGGCUGAAGGAUUCUGACAUGGACUAUAUCCAGACUGAUGCCAUAAUUAAUCACGGGAAUUCUGGGGGGCCUCUGGUGAAUUUGGAUGGUGAUGUGAUUGGCAUAAACACACUGAAGGUGACCGCAGGAAUCUCCUUUGCAAUUCCCUCAGAUCGAAUUCGACAGUUCUUGGCAGAAUUCCACGAGCGCCAGUUGAAGGGAAAGGCUCUUUCACAGAAGAAAUAUCUGGGUCUGCGAAUGCUGCCCCUCACUAUGAACCUUCUUCAGGAAUUGAAAAGGCAAGAUCCAGAUUUCCCUGAUGUGAGUUCUGGGGUUUUUGUAUAUGAAGUGAUUCAAGCAACAGCUGCUGAAAGCUCUGGGCUGAGAGACCACGACGUCAUUGUCAGCAUAAAUGGGCAACCUGUUACCACCACAAGUGACGUUAUUGAAGCUGUUAAGGACCAUGAUUCCUUUUCCAUCAUGGUUCGUCGGGGAAGUCAAACUCUGAUUCUGACGGUCACACCUGAAGUAAUCAAUUAAGUAUCUUGCUUUAAAGAGAAAUUAUCUAACAAAACCAAAGCUUACAUUACCUGGUUUACAUUGAAGAUGUGCCAAAGAUGGCAAGGGGUUUUAGGAUCGCUUCCUUAUAAAGAAAAAUGAAUGCGGGCCUGGCCCCGUGGCCGAGUGGCUAAGUUCGCGCGCUCCGCUGCAAGCAGCCCAGUGUUUCGUUGGUUCGA